GUAAAAAUAAUGAAGUCCUUUACGCGCAUUCUAUCAUCUUACGAAUUCGUUCUCCAUAUUUCCAAACUGCGUUUUCCGAAAAGUGGACUAAAAAAAUAGAUGAUUUAUUUAUUUUUGAAAAACCUAACAUCUCAAUGAAUGCAUUUGAAUUUAUUCUCAGAUACAUAUACACAGCUGAAAUUAAUCUAGAAUCAUAUGAAGGUUCUGAAAUUUUGGAAUUUUUGGAUGCGGCUGACGAACUAAAUCUUCUUAAAGUAGUUGAAUAUAUCUCAAAAUAUAUGAUUAAAAACAAAUCUAUAUUUUUACAUCAAGAUCCUGUUAAAAUUCUCCAACCCAUUUACAAACAUAAAGCUUUAUUUGAAUUGAAAGACUUUUGUAUAAACCAAAUUUGUGCAUCUCCUGACUUUACUCACCUUGAAAAGAUACUACAUAACUUAAUACCAUUCAUAAGAUUUCAUCACAUAUGUUCAAAUGAUUAUUAUCAUAAUGUUAAGCCUUUUAAAAAGAUUUUACCAAAAAGUCUAAGAGAAGACAUUGAACGUUGUUAUCUGGAUCCAUAUACUAAACCCGAAUUUAAUGUUUUUAAAAAAAGGGCUUUAGGAACUGUUGAUUCUGUUUUUAUUAAUAAUGGUUAUCUGAAAAUUUUUGCAAAAUGGAUUUCCAGAAAAGAAAACGUUGAUAUGACUUCUUAUAUUUUUAAACUUAUUUUUCGCGGUUCCAGAGAUUGUUCAUCUCAUAAAACAUUUCAUCAAAAAUGUGACGGUAUGGGAGCUACAAUAGUUAAAGGAUCUGAUCGAAUAGUUGGUGGAUAUGAUCCAUUAGAUUGGAAAAUGGAAGUUAUGGGUGCUGAAUGGAAAAUCACAACAGAAAGCUUUAUAUUCACAUUCGAUAACUAUAAAAAACCUACAUCUGCUAAAUUAAGUCGUGUUUGUGAAAUGAGUUAUGUUAUAUGCUGUGAUAGUAAUUACGGUCCAAUUUUUGGUAGAUAUAAUGGCGACCAUCAUGACUUGGUGCUUUUAAGCACAGGAAUUUGGAUGGCUGGACCAUCUUCUUACCCGAAUAUUGUAGAAAUACCAUCAAUCUUUCAAAUAGACGAUUAUGAAGUAUUCCAAGUAGUUAAAUGA